GCUUCUAGCCUUCUGUUUCAACAACACAACAACACUUGCAGCAAUGUCCAGCGACUCUCGUGAGGAGAAUGUUUACAUGGCCAAGCUCGCCGAGCAGGCCGAGCGCUACGACGAGAUGGUCGAGGCCAUGAAGUCUAUCGCCAAGAUGGAUGUUGAGCUCACCAACGAUGAGCGCAACCUUCUCUCCGUUGCCUACAAGAACGUGAUUGGUGCCCGUCGUGCUUCUUCUCGCAUCAUUUCCUCCAUCGAGCAGAAGGAAGAGAACAAGGGCAACGAGCACCGUGUCUCCAUGAUCAAGGAGUACCGCCACAAGGUUGAGUCUGAGCUCUCCAACAUCUGCAAUGACAUCCUCAACAUCCUCGACAAGCACCUCAUCUCCUCUGCUACCACUGGCGAGAGCAAGGUGUUCUACUACAAGAUGAAGGGUGACUACUGGAGAUACUUGGCGGAGUUUGCUGUUGGCGCUGGUCGCAAGGAGGCUGCUGAGCAUUCCUUGGUUGCCUACAAGAACGCCCAGGACAUCGCUCUCACCGAUCUUCCCCCCACCAACCCCAUCCGAUUGGGCCUGGCUUUGAACUUCUCUGUGUUCUACUAUGAGAUCCUCAACUCACCGGACCGCGCAUGCCAGCUCGCCAAGCAGGCCUUCGAUGAUGCCAUCGCUGAGCUUGACACUCUCAACGAGGAGAGCUACAAGGACAGCACCCUCAUCAUGCAGCUCUUGAGAGAUAACCUCACCUUGUGGACAUCCGACACCCAGGAGGAUGCUUACGACAAGGACGCUGGUGACGAGGAGGGCGGUCAGGAUUAAAUUGUAGUUAGCUCAUGAACGAUUCUGGGAUUGCUGAAUGUUGAUUCUUGAAUGUUAAAGACAUCAACCUUGUGUUUGGGUAUUUUGUUUCGCAUUUCAGUUGUUAUUGCACUAUAAGAAACUGAUUUACAUAUCUCGGUUGAACUUCUAAAUAAAUGAAAACCAAAACAUCAGUUACUUGCCGUGCAGUCUCGCCCACUCGCGGGAGGCUUGCUGAAAGUCGACUUGUCCAUCAUGAAACGUGAUGAAGGGUCCGAAGUCGCCCGUGUACUGGUUGUGGAACCCGACGAAGAUGGCGUAAAGGAUGAUGCUGAUCUUGAAGCCGAAGAAGAGGAGAAGGCUUGGCUCGUUCCACACGUUCACCCCGGGCUUGAUGGGGUUCAUCAUGAGCAUAAGGCCUGACUUCCCGCCAGGAUACGCAUUCUUCUUCUGCCCCUCCGGCACAGGCAUGAGGCGUCCAAGUCUUGGCCCUGACGACAGAGGAGCGUCUGCUACCUGUUUCGGUUCUUCCCAAGUGGACUCGCCUGUCUUGGUGUUGUACCAGUACGUUGCGCCCGUGCUGCUGUCUGUGGCAGUCUGCCAUUCGUUGGUGCUCAUCGACUGUCGCAGCGCGACACGGGAAAUGCCAACCGGGCGAGCAGUCGACGGCAUGAGGCUGACGGGGGAGGACAUGAAGGCCAUUGUCACUCCCGCCUGCACAACCAGCGCCAAGAGCCCGAGACAGGAGCGCAUUGUCGCUUCUUUAGGAC